GCAAAUCCGGAACUUUGUUGUUUCCUGUGAAUACAUACAGUAUUCCCCAUUUUACCAUUUUUUUAUUUGAAAUUUUUGGAUCUUCUGGUUUUCAGCGUGCAUAAAAAUCGUCCGGUGAAGAAUCUGGAAUAGAGAGGCGUGUUUCUUAUGGAAUGGACUGGAUUUCUAAAUGUUGCUGCCCAGGUUCACAUACAAGCAUUUAUAAAAUGAAAACACGUGUGUUUGGGAAACUUCCUUUCGGACAACCCGUACAGCUCUACGAAUUGGAGAAUAAACAUGGGAUGCAGUUAAGUGUGAUCUCUUUUGGAGCACGCAUCGUUGGCCUCAAGGUCCCUGAUUUAAAUGGCGGUGUUGUGGAUGUUGUGCGAGGAUUUGCUUCUAUGGAAGAGUAUAUGAAAGAUGAAUACUAUUUUGGUGCUGUUGUGGGCCGUGUUGCCGGUCGAAUUUCACCUUCCAACGUCAUGAUUGAGGGGAAACUUUGCAAUUUGAUUCCAAACACACAGAACGUUCACAUGAAUGGCGGAAAAAACGGCUUCGAUACGGCGAUUUGGUCUGCCGAAACCAUCGAAGAAGACGAUAAAAACGGCGUCAGUGGUGUUCGAUUUCGCUACGUCAGUGCGGAUGGUUCGGAAGGCUAUCCCGGUGAAUUGGUCACCGAGCUGGAAUAUCGAUUGACCAACGAUAAUGAGCUGAUAAUCCGAUUAAAAUGUUCCACGGAGGAAGACACCAUUUUGAGCAUUCCCGUGCAUAUCUAUUUUAAUUUAGGAGGCGAGGCUGAGAAAGACAUCAAUGAACACGUGCUAACUGUUUUGGCCGACGAGUACACUCCAACAGAUGCGGAAUGGAUUCCAACGGGCGAAAUUGUUCCCGUCGAAGGUACUCCUUAUGAUUUCCGUAAUGGAAAGCGACUAGGUCCCGCCAUUGCCACAUCACAGUAUAAUGGUUUCGAUGAUAACUGGUGCCUGAAUCAUGCAUUCCGUCCAUUGACCAAACCGUCAUUAUGCGCAAAACUGUAUAACCCCAAGAAUGGCGUCCAUCUGGAUGUUUUAACCACGCAACCAGGGAUGACGGUUUACACCGGAAAUUUUUUGAAUAAGAACAUAGUCGGAAAGUACGGGGAGAUAAACGAUCGUCAUUCAUCGAUUUGCUUAUUAGCACAAAAUUAUCCAAACGCCAUAAAUGUUCCAAACUUUCCAACUCCUGUGCUGAAAAGGGGGCAAUCCGUGGAGCACACUACGAUUUACCGGUUUACAAAGCAUAAAGAAAAAGGUUCGGCUAGAGAAACAAACCCGACGCAGUGAUGAUAGAACAUAUUUUUGCUUUUGGAUUUGAAUGCAGAUUGACAGCUUUUGCUCAUUUUUCUGGUGUUAGAUUUACACUGUUAAAUCUUUUCGAUAAUUUUAGUGACGAGGUAUGGAAUAUGCUCGUAUUUAUUAAGUUUAUAAAUAACCUUCUGUUACAGUGCUCUAUGUAUUUCUGUCGUUUUGCAUGCUGAUAAAAGUGCUAUUUUCCUCUUUUUUAAUAAACAUUCUGCAAGAA